AUGGUAGUGCCUGCAGCAAAUCCUCUUUUAUAUGCCUGGAUGAAUAGUGCUUUUCGAGAAUCUUUUCUGCGAGCACUUCCACUUGGCGGAAGAUUGAGGAAAAAAUUAGAAAUGAUGGAAAUUGGAACUGUCGGGACUGGACAAAUUUGUGGAGGAACUACAAGUUCUGAAGGAAGAGGAGGAAGAGAAGAAUUUCAAACAGACAAUUCCCAACAACAACAAUUAAUUAGUAAUAGAAAUUCUCGAGAAUUUAGAACUCAAAGAAUCUCUUCAACAAUUUCACUUCGUUAUUCACCUAGUAAUCUCUCCAAUUCUCACAAUUAA